GAGGUUUUUUUUCUAACACGGGACGAGCAACAGGCUGAACCUUUGCUAGUGUCCACGGUCGUGAAUAAACCUGUAUUCAGUGGGUCAACAUUUGUCGUGUAAAGCCCUUAUGGUUGAGGGUCAUCCGGCUUUCGUGGAGCUGGCGGUGGACAACAGAAGAUAACAGCACAUACGCUGCGUUUUUUAAUUAGAAAAGUUUUGUUCCAGGCCGUGGCAUGGAUGAGGCACGGCCUACCAGCGGUGUUCAAACCCACGGGGUGGUGCCGCUGUUUCCCCCUGGACUGCAGGCUAUCUACGGGGAAUGCCGGCGACUCUAUCCCGAACAGGCCAACCCGCUUCAAGUUACGGCCAUUGUUAAAUAUUGGUUGGGGGGACCUGACCCGUUAGACUACAUAAGUAUGUACAGGAGCACGGGCUGUGCGGCUCAGGACGUCCAGGAGCAUUGGCACUAUGUCAGCUUUGGACUGAGUGACUUGUAUGGAGACAAUAGGGUCCACGAAUUUACAGGGGCAGACGGGCCCAGUGGGUUUGGUUUUGAGCUCACAUUUCGACUCAAGAGAGAGACGGGAGAGACGGCUCCACCAACAUGGCCAGCUGAACUCAUGCAAGGCUUGGCUCGCUAUGUUUUCCAGUCCGAAAACACAUUUUGUAGUGGUGACCAUAUAUCGUGGCACAGUCCCCUUGACAACAGUGAAUCUCGUAUCCAGCACAUGUUGCUAACAGAGGACCCACAGAUGCAACCCGUUCAAACACCAUUCGGCUCAGUGAGCUUUCUUCAGAUUGUGGGCGUUUGUACAGAGGAGCUCCAGGCAGCACAGCAGUGGAACGGCCAGGGCAUCCUGGAGCUGAUGCGUGGAGUCAGAGUAGCUGGUGGCUCCUGGCUGAUCACAGACAUGAGGAGAGGGGAGACCAUUUUUGACAUUGAUCCACACCUACAACAGGAGAGAGUGGACCAGGGGAUCGAGACAGAGGGCUCCAACCUGAGUGGGGUCAGCGCCAAAUGUGUGUGGGACGAUCUGAGUCGACCGCCGGAGGAUGAGGAGGACAGCCGAUCCAUCUGUAUCGGCUCACAGCCCCGGAGGCUCUCAGACAAAGACACGGAGCAGAUUAGAGAGACCCUGAGAAAAGGGCUGGAGUUUAACAGCAAGGCAGCGAUACCACCCAUCAGCAGCCAGAGACAGGGCCACGAGAGACCUCAGAGUCGGAAGGACAGCUUAGAGAGUGAGAGUUCAGCAGCCAUUGUUCCCCAUGAGCUGGUCCGAACUCGACAGUUGGAGAGCGUCCAUCUGAAAUUCAACCAAGAGUCGGGCACACUGUUGCCUCUCUGCCUGCGGGGCAGGUUGCUCCAUGGGAGACACUUCACAUUUAAAAGUAUCAACGGAGACACGGCCAUUACGUUUGUGUCCACCGGAGUUGAAGGAGCUUUUGCUACUGAAGAGCAUCCAUAUGCAGCCCAUGGCCCCUGGCUUCAGAUAUUGUUGACUGAGGAGUUUGUGGAGCAGAUGCUGGGGGAUUUACAGGAGCUUAACACUCGUGAGGAGACAGAGUUACCGAAGGAGUACAGCUGGCCAGAAAAGAAGCUGACUAUCUCUGUCCUACCAGACUCUGUGUUUGAUAAUCCACUGCAAUGAGACAGAAACUUCAUCUCUGGAACCCCUCCGCCCCUCUCCAUGCAACCUGCGUACACACACACACACACACUCUGCCAGAAUGGACUAUCGUGAACAGGAGACCUCCCAGAAGAAUCAGUGACCCUGAGCUGUCUGGUUGCACUGAUAUGUUGAGACUGUUUCACUCCUGAGCUUGAGCUAAGGGAGGAUCUAAACUCCUUUGACUGUUGCCGCAUUCUUAGACUAGCCCCACUGUUUUAAAAUGUUUCUCUUGGGCUUGAGUGCUCGUCGAGAAUGUACAACCAGCCCGUCUAGAUGUUUGACCCAUACGAACACUCAUCAUAGGCAAAACUCUCGCUGUAGGAGAUCAGGGAGUGCUUGCAGGGCUCCGAGGGCUGCCACGGUCUGAGGUCCAAAGUAUGCAUCAUAAAUACAUUUGAUACCGCGUCCUGUGAUCUCUGGAUAUGGCGGCGUGGGCCAUAACCUCGUUAAAAAAAGCCAUUCUAUUUAUUCCACUGACCUUUUUAGAAAAGAGUGAAAAGUUACAUGUUGAACUUUCGUUUUUUCAGUUUUUCUUUUCAUUGAGCUUCUUUGUGUGUGUAUAGUAUUUACAAAUGCUGGACAUUUUUCUGUAAUGUUUUUGUCAAACCAAAGUUUUAGCUGUUGGCGGCCCUUAGCCAUCACAGUCAAACGUAUCCCGAAUCUACGAUAACAACUGAACUAUGACUCAUUCAUAUUCAUAUCCUGUGAGGCUCAAACAAGCACAUGACUUGUUUUCUUAUCUGGCAAAUGUUGCAGGUAUAAUCACCCUCCCUCCCCUUAGAAGUUUUAAUUUUUAUUUUUUUAUGAUGAUGCAUCUUCUGAAGUAAAGUCCGUUGAACAUUUUCAAAGAUUAGCAAUCUGCGGUUAUUGUCCUCAAGUUUUUUUGUCAGUAGGCCCGUACUGAAAACGAGUUGUGCCUCAGUGCCUUGUGUUGAAGAGGACCACAGCUCUUAAUGUUAAAGAGAAGUCACAUUUAAUCAAGGCUGCUGGCUUCUGUCUUUUUCUGUCACUGCAUUCCUUUUUAAAACAAUAAGAUUAUAUUUUACAACAGAUUUAUACUUAAGUGAUAGCAUCUUAUUUUUUUCUUCGACUUUUUCUAUUCAAAGUGACAAAUGUAUGGUUAAGAUGUUGAUGUGGAAUUUUGUACUUACUAUUUUAUGACUGAAUUGCCAAGAUUGUAAUCCCAAGUGUGUAGGUAUUUACACAAAUAAACCUGAAACACUAA